GCUAAGCUGGAUCAUAUCGCCUCAGUCUCACCCCUCCCUCCCUCCAUCCCGUGAAGAACAAGGAUCAUUUGCAUGGCAUCAUCCAGUUCAAGCUCCGGGUCCAGCUCCAGUCUUACAAGCAGAGACAGCUGGGCUACUAUAGGUAGCAAUGGAGGUACGGAGCCAACAAAUUUAACCAUCCGAAUACUACAGGACAUCACGGAUAAUUUCUCUGAGGAACGAUCACUUGGUCAGGGUGCGUAUGGAAAAGUUUACAAGGGGGUGCAUGAAAAUGGAGAAAAGAUUGCUGUAAAGUUGCUUCAUAAUAAUAUGCAAGUAAUUGAUGACAAACUAUUCAAGCAAGAGUUUACUAACCUUAUGAUGCUCAACCAUGAGAAUAUUAUCCGAUUGGUUGGCUACUGCUAUGAAACACAACAUCAGGAUAUGGAAUUCCAAGGAAAAAUAAUUUUUGGUGAAAUGAUAUGUAAAGCGCUUUGUUUUGAGUAUAUGCACAAGGGAAGCCUUCAGAAGCAUCUUUAUGGGCUUGACUGGGACAAACGUUACAAAAUCAUUAAGGGGACUUGUGAGGGCCUAAAAUACCUCCACGAAGGAUUCAAAGAACCAAUUUACCAUUUGGACCUGAAACCAGAAAAUAUAUUGUUAGAUGAGUAUAUGAUGCCAAAGCUUGCUGACUUUGGUUUGUCCAAGCUUUUUGGUGAAGAACAAACUAGAGUCACACAAUCUCCUCUAGGAACAAUUGGAUACAUGCCGCAUGAAUACUUAUUUAAAGGCAUUGUCUCGAAGAAGGUAGACAUAUUCAGCUUGGGUGUUGUAAUGAUAAAGAUUAUUACAGGGCCUAAAGGGCACUCCAGAAGUGCCGAAAUGCCUUACGAAGAAUUUCUUGAUGAAGUACAGGAAAACUGGAGGAACAGAUUCCAGGCAACAUUAAGUUCAUCCCAGCCACUAGAAGGUUACUGUCAGCAAGUGAACAUAUGCACUAAAAUAGCACUCAGCUGCAUGGAGACUGAUAGGCACAAAAGGCCCACAAUAUUGGAUAUCAUAGAUAAAUUGAAUGAGACUGAAACUAUGAUUGAUGAGGCGUCUUCAUGGUCGGAGUGUAUGAGUUCAUGGAUGCGCGGAGACUUGAUGAAGUUAGAAGCCUUUACAAAAUGUGAAGCAAUUCCACGUGCAAAGACGUGCAGUGAGUUCCCUGUCAUGCUGCGGAUCACUGGGGAACAAUGGCGUGGCGUGGAAGAGAUGCCACGUGCAGGCGUGGACGUCGUGGUGGUGGUUGAAGUCGACUGGUUCAUGGUGCGUCAAGGGAGGAUGGAUAUCAUCAAGGAAGCUCUUAUGAUUGUCAUCGACAAGCUCGGCCCCAACGACCGGCUCUCCAUCUUGUCAUUCGAGGGUAACGUGCCCCGAAUUAUGAAGCUCACGUUCAUGUCCGACCGAGGCCGGGAUGCUUUGAAGCUCAUGGUCAACGAGCUGUCCGCGAACCAUAGCUACAACAUAGUCGCUGCUCUGCAAGUGGGAGCUGAGAUUCUGAGAGAUGGUCAAGCGGAGGAGGCGGGUGACAGUCGCAUUGGCUGCAUCAUGUUCGUGUCGGAUAGCAGUGACACGCGGAUCAGGAACAGGUACAAUGAUGUAAUCACCAAGGAAUUUCCGGCUUACGUCUUCGGUCUGGGAGAGCAACACCACCCGGAGGUCAUGAAGUACAUAGCCGACAUGACCGGCGGCACCUGCUCUUUCGUCGACUACGACCUCAACGAGAUGAGAGAUGCCUUUGAGCUGUUCAUCAGCGGCCUCACAAAAAUCGCCGCAACAUCCAUCAAGAUCACCCUCAGGGCGCACGAGGGUGUGUCUAUAUCAUCCAUCUACUCCAGAGGAUUCUACAACCGCGUGAGCUCUGACAGACGCUCCGGCGAGAUACACGUCGACAACAUGUACGCCGGCGAGCGGAAGAACUUCAUCGCCUACCUUAGUGUCGCAGGUGGCAACAAGGAGAAGCUAAUGACCGCUGGCGGACGGUACAGGAGCUUCAUGGCACAUCAGAAGCUGGCCGACACGGACGUCUUGGUCCUGCGACCAGGUUCGGCAUGCUCACCUGGCAAGAACACCAUCCACCCUCAGGUGGCGGCCGAGCUUGUGCGGAUCGGGCUUUGGAAUGGCCUGUUGGAGAUAGGUAGAAGCGCUUAUGAGCUGGAAGAGCUAUGGGUCGGCAUCAAGCGCUCUGAGGAGGGCGGCGGCGCAGCCAAGGAAACCUUGUUGGAGCUCGGUAAAGACGUGGCUGAAAUUAAGAGAGAGUUCGCCGUCGGCCUGCCGCCUCCUUAUUUUAUUUCUUGGCUGAAUUGCCACGAGUGGCAGCGUGCAACCACCAAGGGCACACGCCGCGUCUCCGGUGCUUUCACCGUGCCGGGGCAGCAUGAAGAUGCAGAUGCAAAGGUUGACAACAGGGGCCACGAUUAAAGCAAAGAUGAUCCAUCUUCUUCUCCAUAUUUUUCAUGUAAUAAUAUAUAGAACUACUGCUGUACCUGCGAGCUCCAUUGUAAAGUUUGUUUUACUACAUAUCCCAAGAGUAAAGUUUGUUUUCAA